UACGAGCACCAUGGCAAGAGAUUCUUCCUUCGUGUGGCUUCGGCCGGCAACAGAAAUGGAGAACUUACUGGACUGUGCUGCAAGGAAAGGGUUUUACACCACGGUUGUGGGGCUAACAGUUCGCUCCAUUGUGCCUCUCAGUAACCACCACACAUCAAGGAGUAACCACCACAUCAAGGAAACGCUUCAUCAUAUGUUCAGGUUAGACAUUUGCCUCAUUUCGGUAAGUACCACCUGGCAACUGUCAUCAAUAAAAAACUUGAAAAAUUACACCAGGCAAUUGAACCUGCAACAGAAUGUUUAGUUCAGGGUUCGCAACACAGAGAACUUAUGUCUCUAAACAUUGGCUUCACUACUUCAGUCUGCGUAAAUAAAAAACAUAUUUUACAAUAUUAGGUGAAAACAGUCGUAUUUAUUGAUCUCCAAACGCCAAGGCAUGCAUAUUUUUUUUUCACUUUUUUUGAGUGCUUUAUAACUAUUUAAGAAACUCCUUUACACAGGAAGGUACCGGUCUUAAGGAUGUGCUUCCGGAGGCGUGAGGAAACUUUAUGGGCGUGUGACAUGAACCGGGAGGAACUUGAUUUCCAGGUAACAGACACGCAGGAGCUAGUUCAGGCUGUGGAGACGUUAAUGCAGUACCACUUUCCUACUACCGAAGGUCCUUUGUGGUGUGGACGUCUCCUUCCUGCCAGUGACCCUGGCUGCAGUUUCCGGCAGGAGUUGUCUGCCACUUUUCCCUACACCUACACAUUACUGCUGGCCAAUCACCACGGCAUCGCCGAUGGUACCUCAAACAUGUACAUUGCGAACGCAUUCCUCAACGUGUUGGACGACAUGCUCUCCGAUAAGGCCGUCGACGACGCAGUUCAGCUGGGCAGGAUUGAUGCUGGAGAGGAAACCAAAGAUAUAAUUACAACCCGGAUGAUGGAACUGAUGGAGGACGAAGACCAGUACCAGCAGCUACGAGAGAAUAUGAAAAAGUCAAAACAAGAUGAAAAAUUAAUCCCACGUACUUAUCCGAUGGCGAAAGAUCCUGCUUUUAAGAGUCAGAGAGUCCUGCGUGACCUGGACAAGGAGACCUACCAAACCUUCAUCAGCAAGUGCAAAGAAGAGCAAAUUACGUUGAACAGUGGACUACUGGCGGUGUUCAACACAAAGCUCGUUGACUUCGUGUUGGAAGGAGGCCUAGAACAAGACUUUUACAGAAUCCAAGAGCUUCAUGCUGUUAACAUGAGACGUCAUUGGUCAAGUAACACAUCGGGAGCACUGGGUGCUCACAGAAUGAUGAUGAGGAACGUUGUCUCGACGCCUCUUAAUUGGAAGGACCACUUUUGGGACUAUGCCAGAAGCAUCCAUAAAAAUAUCACUAAAAGUCUUCAAGAAAAGUAUGCAGUGACGUGUGAAUUAUUAUUGUUGGGUGGAGGAAAUGUAGAAGAUAUUUUUGCAGAACGAUCAUCACCAGAGUAUGACUAUGCCUCAUUCAACAUGGGUAACAUAGACCAUAUCAUCCUGUCAGAAAGGCAUAAGGUAAGGCUCCAACAUCUUUUCGUGGUUACCUCAUGCUUUACUGAACCUAUGGGACACGUUUCACACCCUGCGAGGACGCCUCAUAUACAGCUUUGUUUACGCCAACGACGUUCUCACUCGGGAUAAAGCUCAGAAAUUUAUGGAUAAGACCUUUGAGAACCUGGUGACAGUGCUGAACAUGUAAGCAGAGCAGUACACUGCUGAUAGAAAACAAAUAUGGUGAUUUACUAUCUCAGAAAUCAUUAGUAUAGCUUGACAGUUGUCAUACUCAGAAGACAAGCCACAAGGUGAUAUGACAAAAGUAU